UCCGCCUUGCAUUGGGCUAGCUCAAACGCCUUGGCGCCUUUCUUGCGGUCGAUCGAGCCAUUGACAUUUUUUGAGAACGGCCACGGGAGACACGAUGUCCGACCACACCGCUGCCGAGCCGUCCGCCGCGAGUCGGCUGCUCCAACAACACCGGUCACACCAUGUGACGGUCGAGGAUGCCAGCGACGAGGACCUUCCCGCUAAACCUGCCGCCGGCACCGAAGCAACUGCCAGCGAAGCGCAUGCGUCAUCCUCGAACUCAACGCCUGCUGGUGGGGCUGCGAAGCAAAAGGCCAACCUGGCUACAGACUCCCACGAGGUGUUCCCGGAACUGGGCGGAGCGGCAUCCAAGCCUGCGGCGAAUGUUCCCCCGGUCUGGGCUGCUCGCACCAACGCAAACGGCAAGACAAACGGCGCCAGCCCGGCCAAUGGCACCCCCAUGGCGUCUGCGCCACCCUCCGGCGCCACCACGCCGACCGGCCCGGCCCUCCGCGGUGCCCCGAGUCUGUCCAUUCCGGGUCGGAACGUCGAAUACAUGAUCCUUGAGGCUCAGCAUGUGCUCCCGCGAGCCCAACUAAAGCGGCCUCUUGCCGAUAUCGUCAAGGACUUCAACCGCAAGUCCCGGGCCCAGAUCAAGGUGAUCACCCAGCCCGACAACAAGGUCAGGGUCGAGGCCACCGGCCCCUCGGAGAUUGCGACACAGGCGCUCAAGGACUUCGUCGCCCUGAUCGGCACCAAGCUGACGAUCAAGGUGCCGAUUCCUCGGUCCGCGAGGGCCCACAUCAUCGGCAAGGGCGGAGCCACCAUCAGGGCUCUGCAAGAAAAGACGGGCGCUCGGAUCCAGAUGCCCAAGGCUGAGGAUUCCCCCCCUCCCGUGGACGAGGAUGACGACAGCACCAUCGACGUUACCAUCGAGGGCAACUCGCAGCAGGCCGCCGCGGCGCAAAAUGCCGUGCUCAAGAUUGUCGGCGAGCGUACGGCGAACGUCAGCACCUCGCUAAAAGGGAUACCCGCCGAGUUCUACCCCUUCAUUGCCGGUCCCAACAACAGCUUCAUCAACGCCAUCGAGCAGGACAAGGGGAUCCAGAUUCGUGUGCCUCCUUACCAAGCCUGGUCGUCCCAGCCCCCCGUUGCGCCAGCUCCGGGGCAACGUCCCGAUUUCGCCCCCGCCGCCGACAGCUUCAUCCACCUGGCCGGUGAGCGCGAGGCCGUGAAGGCCGCUCGGGAGGAGAUCGAGAGACGCGCUCAGGAGCUCCGUGAGCAACUGUUCUUGGAGCAGUUCUCCAUCCAGCGGGGACGUCACCAAUUCAUCAUCGGGGAGAGGGGCAUCCCGAUACACCAGUUCUUCGAAGAAACGGGAUGCACUAUCGUCUUGCCGAACGAUGAGGACGACGACCUUGUCAGCAUCAUUGGCCCGGCCCACCAGGUCCAGACCGGCCUGGAGAGGGCGAUGGACCUGGCCAUGAACAUGCAGUGCUCCAACAUUGAUAUCUCCCGCUUCCACCGCCAAGCGCCUGGCGGUGCUGCGGCUCACGCGCGCAAUGUCACUCGCUACUUGCGCCAGAGAAAGGAGCUGGAGCGGCUGGAGAAGGAGUACAACGUCCACGUGAACACGCCCUUCUCCGAAGAGGGCGCCCUGCCGUGGGAGCUCUACUCGCGCGAUGGCAAGAAUGCCAUCAGGGCCCAAGCAGCGAUCAAAGGUUUGGUGGAUAGCCAUCCUCCGGCGCGGAUGGCGACCGUUGCCGUCGACCCGUUUUUCCACCAUUACAUUCGGAACGAGGUGACACCUCACGUGCGGCAGGCUUACGGCGUCCACCUGGUUGUUCCAGAGGCCUCAGAGCCGACGGCUCCUGUCUUGUUAGUCUACGAAGGCCCCUCGAGUGCCGACUCGUACCAGAUCCCGCGGUCUCAGCCGGCGCAACAAGAGAUCAACGAGAUGCAAAGGUGGCUGCGGGAAGCUCAGAGCCAUCUGGUCAAUUUGAUGAACCAGCAGGAAGCCGUCACAUCUCAAGCCAUCGAGGUGCCGCAGAAGUACCAUGACAAACUCCGGAAGUUCAUCAAAAGUGAGCAGGACAAGGCGGCCAAUCCGGUGCGCGCGCGUGUCUCCAACGUUGGCAAUACCGUCACCAUCCGCGGUCCUAGCUCCGUUGUGGACUGGCUCUCCACCAGGUGUCUCGAGUUCAUCGAGCAAGAGAAGCAGGACGAGAAGGAGCGCGGCUUCAUUCUGGAGUUCAACUUUCCCCAGAAGUUUGCCAACCACCUGAUCGGCAAGGGCGGGAGCCACAUCCGGGAUUUGAGGGAAAAGUUCGACGUCGACAUCCAGGUGAAUGACGGCAAGGUGCAAUUGAAAGGGCCCAAGGCCAAGGCGGAGGCCGCGAAAUCCCACAUCACUGCCCUCGCCCGUCAGUUGGAGGACGAGGCGACACACGUGCUCAAGGUCGACCCCAAGUUCCACCGCGAGCUGAUCGGUGCUCAGGGCAGCCAGAUCAACAGGCUGCAAACCCGGUAUAAGGUCCUCAUCUUCUUCCCGCGCAGCCCGAAGAACGCCAAGGAUGACGAGUCUGUUGCCGAAUCGGCCAGCGAUUCCGGGAAAGCACGCCGCCAGCAGGCGCCCGACGAGGUUAUCAUCCGCGGCCCGAAGCGGGGUGCCGACGAGGCCCGUGACGAGCUGCUCUCGCUUUUGCAGUAUCUGAAGGACAACUCUUUUACCGCCACCGUGACUGUCCAACAGAGGCAACUGCCGUCUCUGAUCGGGUCGGGCGGCGCUGCCCUGGAACAGCUGCGUCAGACGACGGGGGCCAAGAUUGACGUGCCCGGCGCGAAGGAAUCCGCCGACAGUGAAGUCGAGAUUUCGAUCAAGGGCACCAAGACCCAAGUAGCUGCGGCCAAGAAGAUUCUGGAGGAGAAGAAAGCCAUCUUUGAGGAUACAGUGGUCAAGACGAUCGAGGUGGAUAGGAAGUAUCACAAGGCCCUGAUCGGUGCUGGAGGCUCUGCUCUCCGCGACCUUGUCCUCAAGGCGGGCGGUUCUGAUGACCGCCGCGAACUUGCCCGGACGAUCCAGUUCCCCAAGCAGGAUGCCGACGGCAACACGAUCAAGGUGGAAGGCCGCACGGCAGUGGUGGACAAGAUCAUUGCUCAGAUCAAGGCCUUCGUGGAGGAACGUGAGGGGCAGGUUACUGAGGUUUUGGAUGUGCCCGUCGAUAAGCACCGGACCUUGAUCGGCCGAGGCGGCGAAGCCAAGCGAAACCUCGAGGCCCAGUUCAAGGUUUCCAUCGACGUGCCCCGUCAGGGCAGUGGCCAAACCGCCGUCAAGAUUGUCGGCCAGUCUGCCGACGUCGAGAAGGCCAAGGCGCACAUCCAAUCUCUGGUCAAGGAACAAGAAGGCGAAACCGUCCAGGUCCCCCGCGCUCUGCACCACGCCAUUGCCAACAACGGUCAGAUCUUCCGCAGGUUCAGAAACGACUUCCACGUCACGGUCGACCACGCCGGACACGCUGUCCCGCCCAAGCCGUCCGCCCCGGCCAACACGCGCGCCAACGGCGGCGCCCUCCCCCUCAUCACCGACGAGGCCGAUGCCGUCGCAGACGCCCACUCCUGGAAACUGGUCGAGCAGCAGACCUCUGCCGAGGAGGGUAACAUCCCCUGGGUGCUUCGCGGCGCGCCCGAAAACGUUGAGAAGGCCAAAAAGGCCAUCGAGGCGGCACUCGAGCAGGCCAGCAAGAACAACACGACCGGCUACCUCAUCCUGCCCGACCCCAGGACGUACCGCUUCGUCAUCGGCCAGGGCGGCAGCAAGGUCAACGCGAUCCGCAAGCAGAGCGGCUGCCGGAUCAACGUGCCCCGCGACCAGUCGCAGGGCGAGGCAAUCGAGAUUGUCGGCUCGCGGGACGGUGUCGAGAAGGCCAAGGAGCUUAUCCUGGCCGCCGUGAAGGAGGGCGUCAGCGCCAGCGGCGCCAGCGGACGGCAGCCGCGCGAGUAGGACCGCGCGGCGACGGCCGUCUCGUUGUCGGUGGGCGCGCGCACUUGGCUGCCGAUGGGUUAGCUCG